CGGACCUAAAGAAUGCACGUUUUAUUUAGUUUUUUUUAUAUAAAUAUUGUGUUUCAGGUAUAAUAAUGACUGUUAACAAUACCAUUGCACAUCAACGGCUCAUACUCAGUGGAGAUCGGGAAAGAUUCAAGGAACUAUUAAGACGAAGAUUAAUUGAAUGUGGAUGGCGUGAUCAAGUGAGGAUGCUGUGUCGAGACAUGGUUAAGGAAAAUGAGGGUAGUAAUGUAACAUUUGACAUGUUGGUGAACCGAGUGACACCACGAGCUAGAGCACUAGUGCCAGACACAGUUAAGAAGGAACUACUUCAGAAAAUUAAGACGCACCUUCUCACACAAAAGGACCAAUGAAUGAUUA